GUGUAAUAAAGUUGUACGUUAUUAUGUUCUAGAAAAAAUAUAAGAAAUCUUCUCUCUCUCUCUCUCUCUCUCUCUCUAAACUCUUCAGACCCAAAAAAAAGACAAGGAAUAAUAAAAUGUCUCAAAUGGACAUUUCUACGAGAACUGAGGAAGGAGGAUGGAGAAGCAAGCCUUCGUUUAUGACGUGGAGAGCGCGCGACGUUGUCUACGUGAUGAGACACCAUUGGAUACCGUGUCUGUUCGCGGCCGGAUUCUUGUUCGUCGUAAGCGUGGAGUCCUCGAUCAAGAUGGUUUCCGAGAGUUCUCCACCGUUCGAUAUUGGGUUUGUGGCCACGGAGUCUCUGCAUCAUAUCUUGGCUUCUUCACCGGAUCUGAACACCGGUUUGGCCGCUCUAAACUCGGUGUUAGGAGUGAUGCAAGUAUCGUAUAUUGCAUGGACAUGGUUAAUAGAAGGACGGCCACGAGCCACCAUCACGGCUUUAUUCCUCUUCACUUGUCGCGGUGUUCUCGGUUACUGUACGCAGCUUCCUCUUUCAAAGGAGUAUCUAGGAUCAGCAAUCGAUUUCCCGCUAGGAAACCUCUCGUUCUUCUAUUUUUUCUCGGGUCACGUGGCAGGCGCGACUAUCGCAUCUUUGGACAUGAGGAGGAUGCAGAGGUUGAGACUUGCGAUGAUUUUUGACAUCCUCAAUGUAUUACAGUCGAUCAGGCUGCUUGCGACGAGAGGACACUACACGAUCGAUCUCGCAGGUGGAGUUGCCGCCGCGAUUCUCUUUGACUCAUUGGCCGGCAAGUACGAAGCUAAUACAAGAAAGAGGCAAUUGUAGGAACAGGUUUCAGCUUGAUUACCAAAAAACUUCAAAGAUUUCAUUAAUUCAACAUGUUUAGUUGCUGUUGAAUUAAGUCUACUGUGGUUUGGCAAUUAUUCUCCCCAUGAGCCAGUGGCUUGGACUUCUUCGACCCUAGUGUUCAUGGUCAGACUGUAUAUGUUGUUUAUUUCUCAUUUUUUCAUUCGACUCCGCAAUUUGUGAUAUGGGUUUGGUUAACACUAGUUGGUUCAGUUGUUUUCAAUUGGUUUUACUCUGAAAGUUAUAAACGUUUUGUAAUACCAGAUUUUACCCAACAACGCUCUUAUUAACAUCCCAGUUCAAUGUUGACCGGAUCAUAGAAACGGAUAAGAAAAAAAUGAGUAAGAUAAAAUUUUAAAAAUGACGAGGAAUGAUGAUUUUUUAUCAAAAUUAAUAAGGAAUAAAUUUGUUUUAUAAUUCUUUACAAACAACAAAAGAAUGAAGAUGAAUGAAUAAAAAAAUUUAUUCUUCGUGAAUGAUAAAAAAUUUAAGGAAUGCUAAAGAAUAUAGUGUUCCUCAUCAUUCUCUUGGUGGGGUGGGGUGGCCAGAGAGACCGCUUGGUUCACGGUUGCUCACGGUGGGUUUUGUGUGUAUUAGCAGUAAUUGUUAUUUUUCCUCAGUUAAAACGAAGCAACGUGAUAGAGAGACGAGGCCGUGAAUCGUUGUUUUUCAUUGAUUCUUUAAGCGACAGUUUUCGUAAGGUCGGAUUAAUUGUUCAAAACGUACAUAUUCAUUAAUAAUUAUUCUAUUGCGUUGAGUUAUGGAUUAAAUUUUUAAACAUCGCUGGUAUGGAACUAUGGAUUUUUAGUUUGAUAAAGUAAACACAACUAUAUAUAUCUUUGAACUGGUAACAAGUAUAUA